GCCCCUCAAGCCUUGGUAGGGCGAGCCUCAGGCCCCGAUCUGCGGGCAGCCCGGGUGCCCCGAAGGCCCCGGGGAGGAGGAGGCCUCCCCGCAGCGCGGCGGGGACGCGGCCGCCCCGGCUCUCCACAGCCCUCGGGUCGGCCCGGAGCAGCGCGUCCCCGCGAGCGGCAGGGGUAGCAGGGAGCCGCCCGGCUCCUCCUGCCCCCGCGGAGAGGCCACCGCGAUUCGCAUGAGCGCCUCGCCUGCCCGGGCCUGACCCCGGGUACAAGGCGGAGGGCGGCGCUGCCCGCACCGGGGCGGCUCCCGCGGAGGUGGCUGCCUGAGGUGCCCGACAGCCCGCGGGGCGGCCCUACUUCCCCACAGGCAGAGGGCGGGCGAGCCAGCGGGCGAGCUCCCGCCGUGCAGGGCUGCCGCCGAACCGCCCCGCCGCCCCGCGCCUCCUGCUCGCAGCGCCUCCGGGAGCCGGCGGCCCUCGCCGCCCGCCCGCCCGCCAAGAUGGAGCAAACAUGUGAUGAUAUAGAUGAAAUGUUCAGCAAUUUACUUGGGGAGAUGGACAUGCUGACCCAGAGUUUAGGUGUGGAGACUGCACAACCUCCGUCCCCCAAAGUGUCCAACAAUGAAUUUAGCUUUACAGUUGGUUUUAAAGAUUUAAACGAAUCCCUAAGUGCCCUAGAGGACAAAGACCUGGAUGCUUUAAUGGCUGAUCUUGUAGCAGACAUAAAUGAUGUUGAACAAAGAACUUUACAAGCCCAGAAAACUUCUGGGAACCAGCAAAGUACGGUCACUCAGCCUUCAACAGGCAAAGGCUUGGAUAGUGACACUUAUUCUAAAACAAGUGCCUAUGUUACCAUUACGGGACGGUUUGGGGAUGACUUGCCCCCUCCACCUGCAGACCCUGAUUUAGACCUUCCACCACCACCACCACCACCUCCUCCUGAGCCACUAACCCAGGAAGAACAAGAGGCACAGGCUAAAGCUGACAAGAUUAAACUUGCACUGGAGAAACUGAAGGAAGCCAAAGUUAAAAAGCUUGUUGUCAAGGUGCACAUGUACGAUAACAGCACAAAGUCACUAAUGGUGGAUGAGCGUCAGGUGACACGGGAUGUUUUAGACAAUCUCUUUGAGAAAACCCAUUGCGACUGCAACGUUGACUGGUGUCUGUAUGAAAUGUACCCAGAGCUGCAAAUUGAAAGGUUUUUUGAAGACCAUGAAAAUGUUGUUGAAGUGUUAUCAGACUGGACUCGAGACACUGAGAAUAAGAUUCUGUUUUUGGAAAAAAGUGAAAAAUACGCUUUAUUUAAAAAUCCCCAGAAUUUCUACCUGGCAAACAAAGGGAAGAAUGAAAGCAAAGAAAUGAAUGAUAAAAACAAAGAGGCUUUACUGGAGGAAAGCUUCUGUGGGACAUCUGUCAUUGUGCCAGAGCUUGAAGGGGCCCUUUAUUUAAAAGAAGAUGGAAAGAAAUCCUGGAAGAGGCGUUAUUUUCUUCUACGAGCUUCUGGAAUUUAUUAUGUACCCAAAGGAAAAACCAAGACAUCACGGGAUCUGGCAUGCUUCAUUCAGUUUGAGAAUAUGAAUGUUUAUUAUGGUUCUCAACACAAAGUGAAAUAUAAGGCACCUACAGAUCACUGCUUUGUCUUAAAGCACCCCCAGAUUCAAAAGGAGUCACAAUAUAUCAAGUACUUAUGCUGCGAUGAUCAAACAACCUUGCAUCAGUGGGUAACAGGAAUAAGAAUUGCCAAGUAUGGCAAGACGCUAUAUGAUAAUUACAAAUGUGCAGUGAAGAAAGCUGGCUUGUCCUCUCGGUGGACAAAUCAAGGAACGGUGGAACCAGCUGCCCCUGCAGGAUCCUUAUCAGCAGGUGCUAUUCAGGCAAAUGGACAGGUUCCCCAGGUUGUUCGUCGUUCCAGUGCAGAAUUUCCAGAGACUCAGAAGAAAGUGGACACAUCAGAGGUACAGGCUAAGCCAAAUAACAUCAGUGCGCCCGGCCUGGCACAGGCAGUGAUGAGGCCACAGAAAUACCAGAGUAAGAGCAACUCACUGCAGCCUCCUCCACCGCCUGAAAGGCGGUCAUCUGCUAUUUCUGUUUCACCAAUCCUACCCUCCAAAGUCAAACGAGACAGCGGCAUUUUCGUAACAGAUUCAGAAAGCUUUCCAGCACCGCCACCUGCAUUGAAGAUGGAUUUUCCACCACCACCAUCUGAUUUCUGUGAACCUCCUCCCGAUUUUGUGCCUCCACCACCACCAGCCUCCAGCAGCGGUAACGAAGACCUGCCAUUACCCCCUCCACCUCCACCUCCACCUGUCUCCUGUAAGCCUCCACCUCCGACAAAGAAACCUGUGCCACUUCCUUCAAAAAGGCUAGAAAGCACAGGACAAGCUGGAGAGCCACGGUCAGCUGGGCCACCUCCGACUGGGGGUGGAGGCAGGCAAGCAGAUUUCAUGUCUGACCUAAUGAAAGCUCUUGAGAAGAAAAGGGGCAGCAGCUCCUAAACUCUGGGAGCAGGUGGACUUCAAGACACAGCUGGUUUUGUGAGGCGUCAUGGGAGGUUGUGCUGGAUCAGGCCCCACCAGGAGGAACUCUCCUUCAGCAGAGCUCCUCCUGGGGGUCCCAAGAAGUAAGGUGCGGUGCCUUCUGUCCCUCAUGUUGCCUCUAUGACCUGCUCCUUCCUCUCCCCACCUGCAUUAACAACCACUCCAGCACCAGGCUGAGGUAAGAAAUUGGCUCAGGAGUCUUGCUUCACUCCAUCAGGACAGCCAGGGACGGUGGAGCAGCACUUGCAGAGCCAGCCAGCGAGUGAAAUGCAUCUUCUGUGGCUGCCUCUCUAGUAGAAUUGGAGCUGAAGGAAAAACAUACGUGUUCUCAUGUGAAUUUUGAGAAGUGCGAAGAUCCCUUUUCACAGAUUUCCCCUUAAAGGUUCUUUAUCAGAAAACCCUAAAUUGGUGGCGGGGGGGUAAUAAAAGGACAAAAUUUUUUUUUCGUUCUUUUUCUUCUUCAAAAAUAGCCUGUCUUAAAAAGUAAAACCUCAGCUAGAUUAUUCUGAGAUGCAAGGCAGGACCACGGCCAUUUCCAGAUGGUGUCACCCCAAACGGUAUGCACUCCUGUUUCCAUAUGCAACUCCCAUCAUACCUGCCAGGACUGCCCUUAAAUCUUAUUUGGCUAAUCUUAGACAAAGAAAAAAAUCUUUAUUUCAAAACAUUGUAUGCUUCCCGUGGUAAACAGGGAUUUAUUUUUUUCCCUGAUGGUUAACGUUUGACUUCAAACUAUACCUAGAAAUAGUCUGUCUUCUGAAAGCCUUCAUGAUUAUCCUGUACUUCAUAUGAAUGUCUCCUCCUAGGUUUUUUUUUUUUUUAACGUGUUCUCAAAAUUUAAUUCUCUGUUGUUCAUUUAGGCAGCAUUCAUUAUUCUGAAAUAAAAAUAGCUUCUUUUUUA